UUUUUCACAUUUUCUGGGUUUGUAGAUGCACUGGGGACACGAUUAUAGCACUUAAACAUGGAAAGAGUCAGGUUUUCACGAUAUGUCAUGAUAUGUCACCUUUUCUGGUAAAGAAGUUUUUUUUGCAGGCAAAAGUGUUUAAGUUACAUAAACCAUUUAUGACCAUUAUUUGAUAAAAAACAUUGUCUGAGCUGUUAACAUGACCUUUCAUGUUGUCUGGUUAUUAAGAAUAAUUGGUGUAAGAUUGGCGUAAGAUGUUACAUGUUUCCCGGCUUUUGAACCUUUCAUUGUGUAGCGUUUUUGGGGCAUAUGAGCCCCUUCUGCAAAUAACAGUAUGCCUGUUCCCGUGUGACAUAAUAGAGAUGCUGCCAUGGCAACCGAGGGGACUUCAGAAUGGAGCAGUUCGUCUGGGGUGCCGUUUCAAGAGCCUGGUUGUGUAAGACAUUAUGGGCUUGAUUAGGCAGCAGCUGAAGUGGCUCUCAGAGCGCUGCGUGUAAGGUGGCAGGGUGACGUGCGGCAGUGCCACACAGUCUGAGCUUUUGUUCCGGACUCAGUCGAGCUGACGGUGUGUCCUGUGCUCCCCUCGCACCAUGACUGCAUCUCUUCUCAUUAGUCUGAAUCAGAUGUACCUACCCUGCCUCACGAGCAACUUUCAACAGAGAGAAAUGGCCUGUGUUCAGAAUCAUGAUGUCCAGUCCAACCCUGUCCAAGUGAAUACAAAAAAACAAUGACUGCUGUGUCCAUACAACAAAUGCGUCCAUUGAAGUAUUAUAAAAUAUUAUGCACUAAAUGAAACCUUCAGUUGUCAGUUAUUAUUUUUUUUUUUCUACAUUGCAGCUCCCUCAAUAAACAAAAAAAGAUGCAUUAAAUUUGACUGAUUCAGCAUACUUUUGUGUGCAAAUUCAUCUUUUUUCUAUUUAGUCCAAAAAUGGAACUUGAUAAGGGUUUGUUUAUUCAGGCUGGAAUUUGAUGAUCAGGUUUAGGACAUUGCAUUGCGAAAUAGGGUAUUUACCAUAGUGUUGUUGGGUUGUAUACUGCACAUUUUCACCGGUGUGGUUGGUCAUCUUGGUAAAUGCAUGCUUUGUGUGGUAAAUACUGCUUAAAUAGUAUGCAAUAUGCACAGAGUAUCAUUCUAGACACCCUCAUUAAAAAGAAAAAAAGAUUUUACUUUUACAGAGCUGCUGUCUUUCACAGAGGCCUGCUGAAUUUAUUUAUUCUGAGGAUGUCUCUUUUUUUCCGUAAAACGGAUCAGAUUUGACCUAGAUAUCCACUCUUUUGUUAUGAGAGUGGAAGGCUGUGUAGUUUUGUAAUGAAAAGCAGACUACAAUAGCCGUCCAGAAAUCAUUUAAGCAACAGUCUCUGCAAGAAAAGCACGAUAGGCUUUGCCAACUGCUGCUGCUGUCAAACUGAAAAAGAGAAGUGGGAGAUUUCUCCUUAUUCUGGAGACAUUUAUGAUCAGAUUGAGUGUGGGCCAGUCGUUUUGAUUUUAUUUUGGCUCAGGUCUUAGUAUUUAGUUCAGUGGGCUGUUUAAUGAGCAUUAUAUGACUGUAAUUAAUUCCCUCAGAGAAUCCUCUGUUUCAUGAGUUUGUCGUUACAGUGUUGCUGCUUGAAUUUUUCACAGCGUUCACAUUUAGCUUUGAUUGGCUUGAUUUUCCCUUUGAAAGAAGUGGGCCUGCAAGAUAUUAUGAUCCAUUGGAGCUAAGUUUAAUUGGCAAAAAGUGUCUUAAGUAGGGCUGCGAGUAAUUGAUGAAAUCAGUAAUGAAAAUAAUCAAAUAAAUUACAUUUGAUUAAUCUCAUGUUACAGAAACCUUGCCAUUUUGCAGAACACUUGUCAUAACAGCCAUGAAGUGAUUCAACACAUGUUGCGAUUAACUUUAAAAACCCUACAGCUGAUGUUACAUGGAUUAUUUUAACAAUGCUCUUAGUAUCUUUCUGAGCCUUAAAUGUGUCAGUUGUGUCUAUUAAAGGGGUCAUCGGAUGCGAAGUUCACUUUUACAUGUUGUUUGAACAUUAAUGCGUGUUAAUAAUGCAGUGUAUGUACAAAUCUGCCCUAUAAUGAUAAAAAUCCAUGCAGUGGUUAUUAAUUAAUCUGUAAAAAUAAUAUCCCCUUUUUCUGACGUUGUGGCGUCACACCCACAGAGGCCGCUCCCACAAUAGUUGAUUGACAUGAGCGUUUUACCUCAGAUCAGCUGUAACAGUCUAACCUCCAUGUUUUGAUGCUGGAGCAGGGAUGUAAGUUAGACAAGAAUUGCGCGAUUGAGGUGUUGUGUUGCUGGAUGUAAUAAUGAACAUAGUGGUUGUCAUUUACUCCUGACAUCUGACCGCUGAAGAUGCAGUGGAUUACGUUUGUUUGUGAAGGGAAUGUGCCUCCCGAUCUACAUAUAUCCAUCUGUUCACACAAAUCAUUUGUGUUCCAGCUUCACUUACAGCAGAAAGAGAAGAGAGGGGCGGAGUGAGCAGAGCUCAUUUUCAUUUAAAGCAGCCUUGAACCAGAAUGAGAUGUUUUUUGCAGAGCUGAUUUUGACAAGAUACGGCGCUCCUGGAGUGGAAAUGACUGGACUUCAUAAAGACACUGCUGCCGUCACUCAAAUACACUUCCUCUAUGGACAGGGAAGGAUACUUUCUUUGUUGGAUGACAACACCAUUCACCUAUGGGAGAUUGUGCAGAGAGAAAACCGCUCACAUUUGGUGGAGGUUCACAGCUUCAACCUGCCUGGCAGGCCAGGCAUCGAGAGCACAAGUGCGACACGUGUGACCGUCAUGCUGUUGAAGCUGAGCUGUGAUCUUCUUGCGCUUGGAACUGAAGGAGGCGGGGUGCACUUCCUGGAACUGCCCACCCUCACCUUACUAAACAAGUCCCUGUUUCAGGAUGAAAUCAUGCAGAGCGUUCCAGAGGAGUACAAGUGUGGAAAAUCAUUGGGGCCUGUGGAGUCCCUGCAGGGACAUCCGCAAGACUCUGAUAAAAUCCUCAUUGGUUACAGCAGAGGUCUGGUUGUACUCUGGGACCUCAACAGUCGGCAUGUAGACAACCUCUUCCUGGGAAGGCAGCAGCUGGAGAGUUUGGUCUGGGAACGGUCCGGGAACAGCUUUGUUAGUUCCCAUAGUGAUGGCGGAUACAUGGUGUGGGCUGUCAGCAGCAGCAAUCCCUGCACUCAUGACCCCAUCUCAUCCACCAUACCAUAUGGCCCGUUUCCCUGCAAAGCCGUGAACAAGAUCCUGUGGAGAACAACACAAUCAGGAGCUGCUCUAGUGUUGUUCAGUGGCGGGAUGCCCAGAGCCAGCUAUGGAGACAGACACUGCUUAACCAUCCUUCAGGACAGCAACCACGUCACCCUGGAUUUCACCUCACGUGUCAUAGACUUCUUCACCAUUCACUGCACAGGCAAAGAUAAGGAAUUUGAUGACCCAUCAGCACUUGUGGUUCUUCUGGAAGAGGAGCUGGUAGUGAUUGAUCUUCAGAUGGCUGGCUGGCCCACUGUCCCUGCUCCCUAUCUGGCUCCUCUGCACUCCUCUGCCAUCACCUGUUCAUGUCACAUCUCAAAUGUUCCUCCCAAACUGUGGGAGAGAGUGAUCAGUUCAGGCCAGCAACAGUGUCCUCUGCAGAACUAUGAGAAUUGGCCAAUAUGUGGAGGGAAAAACUUAGCACCUGAUCCAAAGCAGAAAGAACUGCUGUUAACUGGUCAUGAGGAUGGUACAGUGCGUUUCUGGGAUGCGUCAGGAGUAUCGCUCAAACCGCUGUACAAACUGAGCACAGCCAACAUCUUUCAGACAGACUGCGACCACAACGACAGCCUGACGCAGGCCGGGGAGGAGGAAUGGCCUCCGUUCAGAAAGGUAGGAUGUUUUGACCCUUACAGUGACGAUCCAAGAUUAGGAAUCCAGAAGAUCAGUCUCUGUAAAUACAGCGGGAAACUGGUGGUGGCUGGAACUGCUGGACAAGUUAUAGUUAUGGUUCUUAGCGAUGAGAAGUCUGAUCACAUGAUUGAUGUGGCCACGGUGGACCUGCUCCAGGACCGAGAGGGUUUUACGUGGAAGGGUCAUGACCGGCUGCCUCCAAAGAGCGGCUCGGUAGUGUUUGCGCCUGGAUUCCAGCCGGUUGUCCUGGUGCAGUGCAUGCCCCCCGCGGCUGUUACUGCGGUUACCCUGCACGCAGAGUGGAACCUCAUUGCCUUUGGCACCAGUCAUGGCUUUGGCCUCUUUGACUACCAUCGGCGAAAUCCAGUGCUGGCGAGGUGCACUCUACACCCCAAUGACUCUCUGGCUAUGGAGGGCCCGCUGUCUCGAGUGAAGUCUCUGAAGAAGUCCCUGCGCCAAUCCUUCAGAAGAAUCCGAAAAAGCAGAGUCUCAGGAAAGAAGCGUGCUGUGGUUAAUAGUCCCACCAGUAAAGUUCAGGAGGCUAACGCCCAGUUGGCGGAGCACGAUGCUGAGGUGACACCAGUGCAGAGACGGAUUGAGCCCCGCUCUGCAGACGACUCGCUGUCUGGAGUGGUUCGCUGCCUCUGCUUCGCUGACACUUUCCUUAGAGAUGGAACACAUCACGGACCUACAAUGUGGGCCGGCACGAACUCUGGCUCCGUGUACGCAUACGCUCUGGAUGUACCCUCGCAGGAGAAGUUCUCUGAGCAGAGUGUGGAGGCGCUGCUGGGUAAGGAGAUCCAGCUUAUGCACAGAGCCCCAGUGGUGUCCAUCGCUGUGCUGGAUGGCCGAGGGAACCCUCUGCCAGAGCCAUACGAAGUCUCCAGAGAUCUGGCCAAAGCACCAGAUAUGCAGGGCAGCCACUCUGUUCUUAUUGCUUCUGAGGAGCAGUUUAAGGUUUUCAUGCUGCCUAAAGUAAGCGCGAAGACCAAGUUCAAGUUGACCGCCCAUGAAGGCUGUCGAGUACGAAAGGUGGCGCUGUCGAACUUCACCAGCGUUAGCUCUGAAGAGUACUCUGAGAACGCUCUAGUGUGCCUUACAAAUCUGGGUGACAUCCACGUGUUCAGCGUGCCAGCACUGAGACCGCAAGUACGCUACGACUGCAUCCGCAAAGAAGACAUCAGCGGCAUUGCUUCCUGCGUGUUCACUAAGACUGGGCAAGGAUUCUACCUGAUUUCACCCUCGGAGUACGAGCGCUUCUCGCUGUCAGCUCGUGUGAUCACAGAGCCGCUGUGCCGAGUGGAUGUGGAGCGACCUCACGAUCUCUCUGCUCACAGCGGUUCCAGCACGACGCUCCCACCACAGGCUAAUGGAACACACAAGACACAAGCAGAGAGCAAGUCUGUUGAAACUGAAGGGUUCUUGGAUGAAAUGCGGAGCGCCUUAUCCUCGCCCGUCCUGGAUUCUCCAAACAGCAGUGCUGACAUCACUCUGGACACCACGGGCGAGCUCACUGUUGAGGAUGUCAAAGAUUUCUUAAUGACUGUGGAUGAAGCUGAGAAUAACUUCAGAAACAUCACUGAGGAGGAUGGGAGGCCUCCUGGAAUUCUCAUCAACUGAGGCGAGCUAGCAGACAGCUGGAGGAGCAGUUUUGGGACUCAUCAGCUGAACUCAUUACUUCUAAUUGGAUCUUGAUCGAGCGGUUUGUGACUCCGGAAGUUGCACCAAACAUUGUUCAUGAAGUUUUUGCCAUGGGAUUGUUGCACUUUUUCCCUGUGCCAAAAGACUGAAUGAUCUAUUCUGUUUUGCUCUUUUUCUUCACCUUUCCUCCAGUUUUCCUUUCCAAUUUUUUUUUUUUUUUUUUUUUUUUUUCCCGACAACCAUUGGUUCCUUUGAGAGGCCAUAAAAUGGUACAUUUGAGAGGUGACUUUUAAAGGGAUCAGGCAAUAAAACAGUCGAGAUGUUGCACAAUGUCUGUAUGCAGGUAGGGGGGGCUACUUGCACUGAGCCCAUCAAGUUUUUCUUCUCAGUUUGUCUUUUAACAUUCCUGUUUUGUCACAUCACCUCUCAUCUCACUGUGUGCCAUUAAUUAAUGCUAAAUCAAAUCAAAAUGCUUAUUUUUAGAUAUCUGGUGUAUAAUUUGCCUCUUUUAGUUGAUUUCCUAGUAUACAUAGCUGCUACAGUUCAUGCAUCUCUAAGGGUAUUUUAGGGCGGCCAACUGCACAACAGAAAUUAACUAUUCAUAAUUAAGUGCCCUGCUCAUUUAUGAAGGUAUAUGCUCUCUGUAUGAAGCGUUUGCUUUUUUCCUCCUGACAGCCUUUUCAACAAUAUCUGUGAUACUGUGAUGGUUUCUGACCACAAAUCAGGAGUCUAUUGAAAAGUUCAAGUUAUGGACCCUGUGGGUUUGAUAGAGAUAUUUUCCUUUCAUUCAGUCGUCUUUAUUAUUAUUGUUAUAAUUAUUAUUAUUUUUAAAUAAUGUCCCUUAACCACUUGCCAUUGUAAGUAAUUCUGGCAGUUAACUGUGAAGUGUGUAAUUUGAAGGAACGUGGUGUGUAUUCGCCGCAGUAAUUCUAACCAGUUUGUUUUCGCCACAGUAUUAACACGGUAUGAAGGAGCUAAUGACUUUUUCUAUUUACAGUAUUAGAAUAAUUUUAUAUGGCUUAUAAGGGUUGGUACUUUGUAUUUUAUAGAUAUUUCACUGGCAUUUAGGUUACUAGGCAUUUCUAACACUGCAUUUUGUGGGGCAAUUAUAAACAGUUGUGUAGUAUAACAAAAAAUGACUAUACUAUAGACGUUAGCAUAGCUAAUUGAGGGAAUAGGAUGAGUGUUGCACAGACAUUUGAAUGAGACACAGCUGGCUCUUUGGGUCAGAUAAUGCAGAUAUUAGUCAGUGUGCUUUUAGAAGUAAAGUAUGAAUUUUAAAGUGAAAGGCUCUAUUUACAUUGUAAUUACAAAGAAAACUGCACAUAAAUACUUUGCUUGGUAUCGACUCGUCGUCACGUUUUCACCCUGCAUUUUCUGUUUUUUUUGUUUUGUUGGUUACAAGUCAAAGGGACCUCACUAAUUGUAGUUUAAUUUUGUUUGUAUAUUUGCCUUACAUAACCUUUACUUUCCAUCCAGCACCUAUCCUGUGAACAUGUAUUUAAUUUUUAUUUUUCUUGUGUAGAAUUUUAAUUUGAGAUAUAGCAAUGCUAAUGAAAUCUUGAAUGUUAAUAAAGUAUUUACUCCACAUUUUA